CGGCGAGCUACUGCCGCUUGUGGUCUCAUCAAGGGCUUGGAGCAGGGCAGCCAUGGCGUCGAGCAAGCCGACGUCGCUGAAGUACGAGGCGAUACAAGGAGAAGAUGAAGUCGUCGAAGUCGUCGGCCUAAAUGGAAUCCCGCUGUCUGUGCUGAACGAGAUCAAACACCACAAGGUGUUCAUCACGGGGUCGCUCGUCGUGCUGGAAGCGUCCGUGAUGUGGGCGUACUUUUCGUGCUUGUCCGCGCAGGACUACUACAAGAAGGCGUUUCCGUCGGUGAACUUUGACUUUCUGACGACGCCGUUGCUGACGUGGCCGCUCGUGAUCGGACACGUCUUGCAAGCGGGGUUCCAUCUCCGAAUUAGCUACAAGAACCGCGUCGCGAUCGGGUACUUUCUCUUUGCAUGGGCCGCGAUCGUGAUCAUCGCCCAGGACUUUCUUACGUUGGACAGCACGGUCGCGGCGUAUGCGGUGCUGGCCAGCUUUGCCUGUGUGGGUAUCGCGCACUCUGUCGUCGAACCAGCCUUCUACCUCCUCGCGGCGCUCUUCCCUGACGAAGACUCGACGCACGCCGUCCAAGUUGGAAACGUGUCGGCCGGUGUCAUGAACAUCGCAUUGAGCACGGUCAUUCGGGUGUUUGUCGGUGGCUUCGACUUGAACGAGAGCCAAACGAGCGUGAAGUUGUCGUUUUACAUCUUCAUGGGGGUCCUCCUCGUCGUGUGUGUCAUUGCUCUCGUCGUAUUCCAUUACUUGGAGGCGCUGCCGUGCGUCAAGUACCUUCUGGACCGCGCAGACGACGAUCACGCAAAGUACGGCGACCCAUCGCCCGCCGAGGUCUGGUCCAAGUACUGGCGCGUCGCCAAGGUGAUCAUGCUUCCUAUGGUGGCACAGUUCAUGCUAUUCUUCUGCUCCCUCGCGCUCUUUCCCGGCGUCGGGUGUGCCUCGAGCGUGCAUGUCCUCGACCCGUCCUCGAUCCCUGCGUCCUGGUUUUGUUCUCCCGGCAUCAUUGCGUCGUUCAACAUCGGCGACUUCUUGGGGCGCAUCGUGUGCACGAAAGCCGUGUACAGCGCGUUUUCACUCCACGCAUGCUUUUACAUUUCGCUUCUACGAUGGCUGUGGCUGCCGCUGCUACUCCUCGGUACGCACUCGAGCUCGUUGUACGCGUUCGAUGGCAUUGCCGUGGUCGGUCUCUACUGGGAGCUCAUUUUAAACGUGCUGCUGGGGUUCACGGGCGGCAUGUUCAGCACGAUCACGAUGGGCCUUGCGCCGCGCAUUGUUGCACAGGAAGACCGCGAGGCGGCAGGCUCCCUCAUGGUGUUCAGCCUCUUCCUUGGUCUCGCGGUCGGGUCGACCUUUGGCUACGUCAUCGGCACGUACCAUUUCGCCUCGAUUGGUUUGUAGAUGCGUUCGAGUGCCGCGUGAUAGAGCUCCACCAUGUAAUACACCGACUUGAAUCGUCCAUCGCGUCCUCUGCAUCAAGUGUCAAGUUCCCAACCACCGCCGAUCCAUGAUCUUGCCGUGCAUCGUGACGACCAAUUGCGACUGCUUCCUUUUCUAAACACACUAUCGGGUCCAAAUCGCUUUGUGUCAGUGGGUACCUUUGUCGCGAUGCAAAGCAGUCGUGAGCGCGUCCAGAGCGGCUUUUUGUCG